GAUUAGUUUUCUUUACCGGACAAGUCGAGUUGAAUACGCUUUCAAUAUGAAGUUCGUAAUAUGUUUAUUUGCUCUUGUAGCAUGUGUUUAUGCUUCUGGCCAGUGGCAAGAAAUCUCAAAGAACGAUGUUGGGGCAAUUAACGCAGCAAACUUCGCAGCUAAAUCAAUUUCAAUGCGUACCAAUUCACCCUAUCAUUCCAAAUUAGUUCAUGUUCAUAAAGUGGAGAGGCAGAUAGUUGCUGGAGUUAAUUAUAAACUUAAGGUAACCCUUGGAUAUACAUCUUGUAAAAAAUCUGAAGUAGAAUAUGACAACAUUGACAAAUGUGACAUUCAAGAGAACUCCUACAAAAAGUGUGAAAUUAAAGUUUAUCGAAACUUGAAGGGUGAACAUCAAGUAUUACAUUUUGAAUGUGUUCCUGAUAAGAAAAAAAGUCCAUCACAUGUUAAAAAUGCUCAUCAUGAUUAUGCUGAGGAAUUGCUCUUUCAGGAUUUUAUUGCAAGACAUAACAAAGCAUAUAAAGAUGAUGCUGAGAAACAAAGGAGAUUUAAAAUUUUUCAGACAAAUUUGAAAAAGAUUAAAUUUUUGAAUGAUCAUGAGCGAGGAACUGCAAGAUAUGGAAUUACAAAGUUUGCAGAUUGGACAGAUACUGAGUUUAAAAAGCAUGCAUUAGGUUUUCGACCAGAUCUUCUGAAACCUGAAAAUGUUGGCAAAACUGCUGAAAUUCCUCAAAUUUCAAUUCCGGAUUCAUUUGAUUGGCGAGAUAAAAAUGUUGUCAGUGAAGUGAAAGAUCAAGGUCAGUGUGGAUCAUGCUGGGCAUUUUCUACUACAGGAAAUAUUGAAGGACAGUGGGCAAUAAAGGAAAAGGCAUUGAUUUCACUUUCAGAACAAGAGCUAGUUGACUGUGAUAAAAUAGAUGAAGGAUGUAAUGGUGGGUUGCCGAGUAAUGCAUAUAAAGAAAUUAUGAGACUUGGAGGUCUGGAAAGAGAAAAAGAUUAUCCAUAUGAAGGAGAAAAUGAUAAAUGUGAAUUCGUGAAAUCAAAAGCAAAAGUGUACAUAAAUGGAUCUGUUACGAUAUCACAAAAUGAAACAGAGAUGGCUCAAUGGCUAGUGAAAAAUGGUCCUAUUUCCAUUGGUAUUAAUGCAAAUGCAAUGCAGUUUUAUUAUGGUGGUAUUUCACAUCCAUGGAAAUUCUUAUGUGAUCCUUCUAAUUUGGACCAUGGAGUAUUAAUUGUUGGUUAUGGUGUUCACACAUAUCCAAUUUUCAAGAAAACACUGCCAUUCUGGAUAAUAAAAAACAGUUGGGGUGCUUCGUGGGGAGAACAGGGUUAUUACAGAGUUUAUCGUGGUGAUGGAACAUGUGGCCUAAAUAUGAUGGCAACUUCUGCUGUUGUUGAUUAGCAUGAUUGUGAAGACCAAUGAGCUGCUAUUAAUUGUAGAACUAUUCUUUGUAUAGCCUUUGUGAUUUUUAAUAAUGACAUCAGUGGAUUUUAUAGGAAAAUUUAUAUUAUUUUUUACAUGCUCAAUACUAUACAUAGAGAUUAUUUUUUAUUUUUCUUUAAAUGAACUAAUGUUUUAUAUGAAAAAAUAAUCCCUUUGAAUAAUUUUUUAAAUGUAUGCCUUACCUGUUAGAUAAUUAAAAAGCUUAAGAUUAA